GGUUUCCAACCACGUGUCCACUCGACGUCCCCUCCGAUUCUCCACCUCCAACCUUCCUCGUCGUAGUCUGCAGACCUUUCUCUCUCACCCAGCGGUUGAACACCACCACAGACGAUGGAGACUUCUCGGAAGAAGAGUUCGUCGGGGCUCCUCUGAUUCCGCGGCGGGAGCUGAGGAGGAGGCGGCGGAAGAAGAGGCGGGAACUUGCCGUCGGUUACGAUCGCCUUGGGGUUGUCGAGUUUGAAAGGGGAUCCCUUGGGGGAAACGUAACGGCUCUCCGGUGGAUCUAUGGAACGUUUGAUAAGCCGUCGGAGAAGAAGAAGGGGCAUGUGCUUCCCAUGGCCGAGAUAUAAUCGUCAUUCAAAUUGAUCGAGAUAUCAUCCAAUGUUGAAGAGUUGUGUUACUAUCCUCUCGAAUAUCUCCCCGACAAUGGUAAAAUUGACAUGCGUCUGUUCUUGUUUUGUGUUUUAUCCUCUCUUAAUUAUGACUUUUUUGCUGAUUGAUUCUGUAAAAUCAUUUGAUGAGAAAAUUGAACCUGAUCUAAAGGUGACAGCGAUGAGAAAAUUGAACAUGGUCACCUUCUUGUUCUUGUACACGGCAUCUUAGUCAGGUAUGAUAUGCCUUUGCAUCUUGGUUUUUGUAUUAUUGAUGCCUCUCAUUCAGGUUGGGAUAGUAGAAGCUUGCAAGUAUUGUUGUAUCUGAAAUUUUGUUUUUAUCAUUCCUGCUACACUCUGUUUUAUAGUCCACUUAAUGUAUAGGUCUGGGUUGUUCUAGUCAUGAACUUGAGUGUAUAAGCUGAUUAUAUGUCUCCAUAUGAUGUGAGAGAGAGAGAUUAUAGGUUAGACAAGUUGUCCAAAAGAGCAAGAGCUUAAAGAAGAUUUCCUUUUUAGCACACUCCUUCGGUGGCUUAUUUGCCAGACAUGCUGUUGCCGUUCUUUAUUCAGCAGCAGUGUCACAAGCCAGUGUUGGUGCUGGUCUAUCUAACUCUGGGAACUCACAUCUUCCGCGAGGUAGCCUUGCUGGGCUCGAGCCGAUGAAUUUCAUUACCUUGGCAACACCUCAUCUAGGAGUGGGAGGCAGAAAGCAGAUCUACGUGUCAACUCCAAUGAAGAUAAGUGGGAUCCACACGAAUCGAAUCCUUCGUCCACUUCACAAUCCGAUCCUCUCUCCACCUCCAAAAACAAAACUUAUAAUAGCCAUUUUUCUCCAAACACAAACUCAGAAAAAUGGCAGCAACCGCCGGAGCAACACCGUCGUCUCAUCUUCUUCUCUCAAGCUCUCGCCAUGUGGCGGCCUCACCUCAGCCACGAAUCCUUUUCCCAUCUCUGAGCGGGAAACGAGUAGCAGUUGGGAAAAACCAUCAUGCUACUGGAGUGAGGUGUAUGGCGGUUGCGGCGGAUGCUACGGCGGAGACUAAACCGGCUGCAAAGAAAAAGAGUGGGUAUGAGCUUCAAACACUGACGAGCUGGUUGCUGAGACAGGAGAUGAAAGGGGAGAUAGAUACAGAGCUGACGAUAGUGAUGUCGAGCAUAGCGAUGGCUUGUAAGCAGAUCGCUUCGUUAGUUCAGCGGGCUGGAAUCUCUAAUCUGACGGGCGUUCAAGGAGCUGUUAACAUUCAGGGAGAGGAUCAGAAAAAGCUUGACGUCGUCUCCAACGAGGUGUUUUCGAACUGUUUGAGAUCAAGUGGAAGAACGGGAAUCAUAGCGUCGGAGGAAGAGGAUGUGCCAGUGGCGGUGGAAGAAAGUUACUCUGGCAACUAUGUAGUCGUGUUCGACCCUCUUGACGGUUCCUCCAACAUUGACGCAGCCGUCUCCACGGGUUCCAUCUUCGGUAUCUACAGCCCCAAUGAUGAGUGUCUCCCCGACUCCGACGAUACCUCCGCUCUUGGGUCAGAAGAAGAAAGGUGUAUAGUAAACGUAUGCCAGCCAGGGAAUAACUUGCUAGCAGCUGGCUACUGUAUGUACUCAAGCUCAGUCAUCUUCGUUCUUACUUUAGGCAAAGGCGUUUUCGCCUUCACCCUCGACCCAAUGUAUGGCGAGUUCGUCCUCACGCAAGAGAACAUUGAGAUUCCGAAAGCCGGGAAAAUCUACUCUUUCAACGAAGGGAACUACCAGAUGUGGGAUGAGAAUCUAAAGAAGUACAUUGAUGAUCUCAAGGACCCUGGUCCAAGUGGGAAGCCUUACUCAGCAAGGUACAUUGGAAGUUUGGUCGGUGAUUUUCAUAGGACUUUGUUGUACGGUGGGAUUUACGGGUACCCUCGUGACGCCAAGAGCAAAAACGGCAAGCUUAGGCUUUUGUAUGAGUGUGCACCUAUGAGUUUCAUUGUUGAACAAGCCGGAGGGAAAGGAUCAGAUGGACACCAUAGAGUCCUAGAUAUCCAACCGACCGAGAUACAUCAGAGGGUUCCACUCUACAUUGGAAGCAAAGAAGAAGUGGAGAAGCUGGAGAAGUACUUGGCUUGAGUCAUUUAUGAAACAUAAGCCAUUUAAUUUCUAUUGUAAGCCAUUUUCUGACAACAUGGCACAUCCUAAAUAUGAAAUUUUUAUUUUGUUGUUGAUAUCAAUAUAGAGAAAUCAGCUGUCUUAUA